AUGGCUACUGCGGCGUCGUGCAGAAAGAGCGGCCGAGCUGUGAAAUUUCUGACCAGGGCCUGUUCCACCCGUGCGGCUGUAAAGGCACGGUAUGAUACUCUGGUCAUCGGAGGAGGUCACAAUGGACUGGUGGCGGCCGCAUAUCUUCAGAAAGGAGGACUGAAGACAGCAGUUCUGGAGCGCAGGCAUGUGCUGGGAGGCGCUGCGGUGUCCGAAGAAAUCUUCCCGGGCUUCCACUUUUCAAGAUGCUCUUAUUUGUUAAGUCUGUUGCGACCUCACAUCUAUAAUGACCUGGAACUCAAAAAACAUGGCCUGAAAGUAUACGCAAGGGACCCUCAUGCUUUCACACCCAUGUUGGAGGAAGGCGUUAGAGGGGCUCCACCACGGUCCCUGACCCUGGGAUCUGAUCUGACCAAGAACCAGGAGGAAAUCAGCAAGUUCUCCCAGAAGGAUGCAAGGGUGUAUAAAGAUUUUGUAAUAUACUUGGAGAACCUGGCGGAUGCCAUCCAACCUCUGCUGGACGCCACUCCUGUGAACAUUCCUGCUCUCACUACAGGCUCACCAUGGAAGAGGCUCGCCGCCACUAAAACACUCCUGCCUGUGAUCAAAUGUGGCUUAACGCUUGGUCGGAACAUUCCUGACUUUUACAACAUUGUAACAGCACCAGCACUCAAGAUACUCAAUCAGUGGUUUGAGUCAGAACCUCUAAGAGCAACAUUAGCCACAGAUGCUGUAAUUGGUGCUAUGACCAGUCCUAGUAAUCCUGGCAGCGGAUAUGUACUUUUGCACCACGUCAUGGGAGGAUUGGAAGACGAGAAAGGGGCUUGGGGGUAUGUCGAAGGAGGCAUGGGAGGAGUGUCCAAAGCUAUUGCUAAUGCAGCUUCUUCAUAUGGCGUGGAUAUUUUCACUGAAAAGGAGGUGGAUCAAGUGCUAAUUGAUUCAAAUGGAGCUGCCAAAGGAGUUGUGCUAAAAGAUGGCACAGAGAUUAAUAGUAAAGUUGUUCUAUCAAAUGCAACUCCGUACAUUACAUACAAGAAACUCACUCCCCAGAGUGCUCUUCCUCCCGAGUUUAUCAAAGCUGUGGAUCAGAUAGACUACACCUCACCUGUCACUAAGAUCAAUGUGGCCCUGGACAAGCUCCCAAACUUUCUGGCAGCACCCACACCUGAUAACAAACCGGGACCCCAUCAUCAGUGCUCCAUUCACCUCAACUGCGAAAGUGUGGAUGUGUUGGAGACUGCUUAUAAAGAGGCCCUGAAUGGUCGGCCUUCAUCCAGACCAAUGUUGGAGAUGACAAUUCCAUCGGUGUUGGAUCACACUCUGGCGCCACCUGGCUGCCACGUCGUGUCAUUGUUCACUCAAUACACUCCAUACUAUGUGGAGGGCAGGGAAUGGACUGACCAAGACAAGGAAUCAUUUGCAGACACUGCUUUUGAAUGGAUUGAACAGUAUGCUCCAGGAUUCAAAAGUUCUGUGGUGGGAAGAGACAUCCUCACUCCACCAGAUCUAGAGAGAAUCUUUGGGCUCACUGGAGGGAACAUUUUUCAUGCAUCGAUGUCACUUGAUCAACUCUACCUCGCACGACCACUGCCCUCUCUGUCAGACUACCGCUCACCUAUUAAAGGGCUUUAUCUUUGUGGCAGUGGUGCCCAUCCAGGAGGUGGUGUGAUGGGAUCUGCAGGUUGGAAUGCAGCCCUGACUGCCAUGAGCGACAUCAAAAGUUUUUGA